CCUUUUCGCUCCAUCUCACCGCAGCAAUGUCACGCUUCUUCAGGCGAGGCGAAGGAGGCAGUGGCGCAUCGACGCCAGGCGCAUCAGCCGCCUCGUCAGUCCGCAACUAUGCCUCGCCUUCGUCGUCUUCGCUCGCAUCGACGCCCGCUACGACGACCGACUCCCCCUCUUCCCUCCUCGGCUCUCCUACCUCACAUCUCAUCACCCGCCCUCACCCCUCCGUCACCAUCUCGCCCCUUCCAGCCCCAACAGAGGAAGAGAAGCCCGUCCUAGCCCGUCUUCGCGAGCAUGCUGGAUCCAUGGACGAAGAGGGCAAGCCAGUCGAGCCCUAUUACGAGAAAUGGGAGAGACGCUGGCUCGACUACGAGCCAGAAGACUGGACUGUCCGUCGCUACUACAAGGCUUCCGCCAACAAGGAACCAGAAGCAAAGCGACGCCUAGCCCACAGCCUUGCCUGGCGCCGCAAGAUGAAACCGGACCUGAUCCUCCCUUCGUACGUCAAGAUUGAGGGUGAGACGGGCAAACAUCUUCUCUCCGGCUUUGAUGAUGAAGGCAGGCCUCUAUUGCACUUGAUGCCGGGCAAGGAGAAUACCAAGCCGUCACCUCGUCAGAUCGCCUAUCUCAUUUGGGGUUUGGAGAGAGCGUGCGACUUCCUUCCGCCAGGCCAGACCAAGAUCGCCCUCGUCAUCGACUUCCAUCAAGCCUCAGCGGGCGAAUCUCCCGGUCUGGCCACGCAGAAAGAGGUUCUAGCAAUCGUGCAAGACCAUUAUCCCGAACGACUCGGCCGAGCAUUCGUCAUGCGGCCCCCACUGUGGAUGGGCGCCCUCUACAAGGCCCUCGGACCCUUCAUCGACUCGGCCACGAGGGCCAAGAUCAAGUGGAACCUGCCUGCCAAGGAGUUGCAAGGAUUUAUACCGGGUGAACAGUUGCUGAGGGACUAUGGCGGGCGCUACAACUUUACCUUUGAAAAGGAGGCAUUCUGGGACGAAGUGCUCGAUUUCACCGGGGUUGAUGCAGAGGGAGGAAGAAAGUGGGCAAGUCUGGCAAAGUGUGAGAGCGGGAAUGAGGAGCAGUGGAAGAAAGAAGGCAGAGGGAGUCUGGCUGGCAAGCCAGCAGAGGAGAGCGAGGGGAGCGAGGGGAAUGAGGGGCACGACGGCCUCAUGAGCGGAAAGGGCCCAGCGAAUGGCACCGAGCAUGACGAUGUUACCGACGACGACGACGACGACGACGACGACGACGACGACGACUUUACCGAUGCACAAGACGACCUUGCAACGAUCGCAACGACUGCGACCAGCACCACCACGACGACUGCGACCGCACAGCCGCAAGCAUAG